AUGGCGCAAAUAGCAGAGCCCAUCGAGCAAAUUCUGUCAGACUUGCCCGCCAAGUGCCGCGGGCCCGGCGGUGCUAUUGCCGUCGUCAAGGAUGGCGAGCUGCUUGGCGAGAAGGUCUGGGGCUUCGCCGACCUGCAGCAAGGCAUUCCCAUGGGAAACGACACCGUAAUCCCGAUUUGCUCCAUUUCCAAGCAAAUGACCUGUGGCCUGCUGACGGAUCUGCAACUUAAUCCGACACCGGCCAUGACUGCGCGUAGUGAGUCGGCGGCACAGCAGCUCGCCAACGAGCUAACCAAGGUCCUGCCCAAGGAGAUGACCCAGGACACGGGUGUGACGCUGGAGCUGCUCUGCAACAACCAGUCUGGCAUGCGCGACUACUGGGCCAUGACUGUACUUUGGGGUGCCCAGCCGGAGACGCCCUUUUCGAUUCAGCACCACGGACCUCAGAUGCUGCAGCGCCUCAAGUCUUUCCAAUUUGAGCCGGGCACGCAGUACUCGUACGCCAACACCAACUUUUACGUUCUGGCCCGCAUCAUGGAAAAUGUUACUGGACAGACUCUCUCUAAUCUGCUAGAUGAGAGAAUAUUCGCACCCGCCAGCAUGACGACUGCCUUUCUAUGCGCCGACACAUCGAAGCACCCUAGUCCUUGCGUGGGCCACGAAGGCAAUGAGAAGGAUGGCUUCUAUCCUGGCGACAACCGCAUCGAGUGGGCCGGUGAUGCAGGCAUCGUAGCUUCGCUGUCCGACAUGGUAGCCUACGAGAAGUUUGUCGACAGAAAUCGCGACAACACGCAAAAUUGGUACGGCCUCAACUGCAAGAAGCAGCAGUUCAAGGAUGGAGCUUUAAGCGACUACGGCUACGGUCUGAGCCAGCACUCUGUUGGUGGCGUCACUCUGGUAGGCCAUGGUGGUGCUCUUCGUGGCUACAGGCUGAACAGAAUUUACGCCCCCGAGGCCAGAGUAUCCGUCGUUGCUCUGCUCAAUGAGGAGCAUGCAAAGGUCGGCACAGUGUGUGACUAUAUCCUCGAGCGUCUCCUGGGAGUACAAGAUGCCAAAUUCAACGCUGUUGAGCCCAACCCUGCAUUCAUUGGCACCUAUUUGGACCCCGAAUCAGACUUGGCUGUCACAAUCGGCAAAGGAGAAGAGGAAGGAAAACUAUCUUUUAGCUACCAUCGCGCUGCAGUGGACAUCACUCCUGUGGAAGCCAACAAGGCUGUCUCCAACGACGUCACUGCCGUUUUGGAUAGAGACGUGCUUGAGGUCACUCUCCCCAAGGAUAACCGCAAGUUCCGCGCCAACCGCGUACCAGCGGCCAAGCCUCGCGCAAAUUACUCUGAUUUGCACGGCAACUUCAAGUGCGUCGAAAUCGACUCUAUGUUUCACUGCAGUGGCACCGAUGGCAUGCUUUACGGCUCCUUUGACGGCUUCUUCGGGAAGGGCCCCAUCCACUUAAUGCGAGCCCUCGCAGAGGAUGUAUUCGCCCUUGCAUGCCCUAGAGCCAUGGACUCAUCCCCCCCCGGGGACUGGACUAUUGUAGCCCGUCGCGAUGCCAGCGGCAAGAUCAGCGCUGUGACAGUCGGCUGCUGGCUGGCCCGAAAGCUUGAUUUUGUCAGAUCAUAA